AUGGAGGAAAAGGUAACGUUGGAUAGGGUGAUCGCUUUCCUGAAGAUAUACCUGAGGUUCGCCUGCUGUUGGCCGCUGUCGCCGAACGCGACGAGACUUCAACGAUUUCUUCACAGUGCCUUUCGAUAUUUCUGCUGCGCGAACUCGACGUUAUUUAUCGUCGCGGUGAUAUGGACAAUCUGUAAGAAUAAGGAUUACAUGACUUUGAUGAAAUUGGGAUGCGAAUUGAGCGCCGCCUUACAAAUUCUACUGCAACUGAUACUUUUCGCGAUGCAGAACAAACGUUUGCAGUUCAUUGUUUUGGAAAUGGAGGAUUAUUACCAACAAGCCGAAAAAUAUGAAAAAGAAAUUUUGCAACUCUAUGUUGACAGAUGCAAAUCGUUUUAUGGUACCAUUUUUUGCUGGGUAUUAAUGACAGCCCUCAGUAUGAUAGCUACACCCUUGUUUUCGCCACAACCGUUUCCCAGUGCGGCGGAGUAUCCAUUUGAUGUACAUCAUCAACCAUUGAAAACUAUUAUCUACGCACAUCAUAUGUUAACUAUUUAUCAAAGUGCGACACAAGUUAGCGCCAACAGUUUUCCUGCUCUUCUACUUUGGUUUGUAGCUGCCAGAUUUCACAUUUUGUCCGUACGCUAUCGUACAAUGACGAAUAUGAAAGAAUUCAUAAAAUACACUCGAGAACACUACAUAUUACUCAGAUAUGCAAAAGAAGUAACUCUCGCUAUUCGUUACAUAGCGCUAUUAUGCGUAACUUUUAGUAUUGGCGCUGUAAUAUUCGGUUAUCUUACAUUUAUGAGCAAGCAACCAUGGUCAGUGAAAUGGACGUACUUUAUGAUUGCUUUGGGAGGUUUUGUAGAACUUUACAUGUACGCCUGGCCAGCUGACAAUGUAAUAAACACGAGCACCGACAUUGCGUCAGCUGUUUAUGAUUCAUUAUGGUACGACGACGACUUGGCCACGCAAAAGCUUUUAAUAUAUGUUAUAUUAAGAAGUCAACAUCCGGUCACUGUUUCAAUUCCAUGUGCAUUACCAAAUUUAUCGAUGAAUUAUUACGCUUCGUAUGUUUCGACCGUUUUUUCAUACAUGGCAUUUGUGCGUAUUUUAAUGGAUCAAGAUUAA